AUGGGUUCAUGUUGUGUUUUUGUGCUUCAACUUUUCAUACUGGUUUCUCUUUUGGUUCAAUGCUUUGAUGCCAAAGUGCAUGCUGAUCUUAAUCCAACACUUGUUGUAGAUGCUUCUCAAGCAUCUGGUAGGCCAAUACCAGAUACUCUUUUUGGAUUAUUCUUUGAGGAAAUCAAUCAUGCGGGAGCUGGUGGACUGUGGGCCGAGCUUGUGAGCAACCGAGGAUUUGAAGCUGGGGGCCCUAACACUCCUUCGAAUAUUGAUCCAUGGUCAAUUAUUGGAAAUGAAACGAAUAUUAAUGUUGAAACGGAUCGUACGUCUAUCUUUGAACGUAACAAGGUUGCACUCCGAUUGGAGGUGUUAUGCGACAAUACCUGCCCUGCUGAUGGUGUUGGCGUUUAUAACCCUGGCUUCUGGGGCAUGAAUAUUGAGCAAGGGAAGAAAUAUAAAGUUAUUUUCUAUACUCGUUCAACUGGACCAAUUAAUCUAGUAGUUUCGUUCACUGGACCUAACGGAGUGGGAAACCUCGCUUCAACCGUGAUCACGGGUUCUGCAUCUGAUUUUUCAAACUGGACUAAGGUUGAGGCUGUAUUGGAGGCCAAGGCAACGAGUCGAAACUCGAGACUUCAAUUAACGACAACUGCAAAGGGUGUAAUAUGGUUGGACCAAGUGUCUGCUAUGCCAGUGGACACAUAUAAGGGACAUGGUUUCCGAAAUGAUCUUUUUCAAAUGCUGUUAGAUAUGAAACCAAGUUUUAUCAGAUUUCCAGGUGGUUGUUUUGUCGAAGGCGAAUAUUUAAGAAAUGCAUUUCGAUGGAAAGCUUCCAUUGGACCUUGGGAGGAGAGACCAGGGCACUUCGGUGAUGUAUGGAAGUACUGGACUGAUGAUGGAAUUGGCUAUUUUGAGUUUCUCCAACUAUCAGAAGACUUGGGCGCUUUACCAAUAUGGGUAUUCAAUAAUGGUGUAAGCCAUACUGAUGAAGUUGAUACGUCCGCCGUUUUACCUUUUGUGCAAGAAGCCCUUGACGGACUUGAGUUUGCGAGAGGCGACCCGACUUCAAAAUGGGGUUCUGUUAGAGCUGCUAUGGGACAUCCGGAACCAUUUAACCUAAAAUAUGUUGCGGUUGGAAAUGAGGAUUGUGGAAAAAAGAACUAUCGUGGAAACUACCUGAGGUUCUAUAGUGCAAUAAGGCAAGCUUAUCCUGAUAUUAAAAUCAUCUCGAACUGCGACGCUUCUGCGACUCCUCUAGAUCACCCUGCUGAUCUUUAUGAUUAUCAUAUUUAUACUGGCGCAGAUGACAUGUUUUCUAGAUCUACAGUAUUUAACCGAGUAACACGAAGUGGUCCAAAGGCAUUUGUAAGUGAGUAUGCGGUGACGGGAAAGGAUGCCGGGCAAGGAAGUCUUUUGGCAGCCCUAGCUGAAGCUGGAUUCCUCAUUGGACUGGAAAAGAACAGUGACAUUAUCGAUAUGGCUAGCUAUGCUCCCCUUUUCGUAAAUGCCAAUGAUAGGAGGUGGAACCCCGAUGCAAUUGUAUUCAACUCUUUUCAGCUCUACGGAACUCCUAGCUACUGGAUGCAGUUAUUUUUCUCGGAGUCAAAUGGAGCAACACUUCUGAAUUCAUCUCUUCAAACGAAUUCCUCGAAAACACUAAUUGCAUCAGCGAUUACUUGGCAAAAUUCUGUUGAUAAGAAAAGUUACAUACGAAUAAAGGCUGUGAACUACGGUGCCAGUGCCGUGAAUCUCAAGAUUUCUAUCAAUGGAUUGGACCCAAAUUCAUUGCAGUCAUCUGGAUCAACAAAAAGCGUUCUUACAUCUGCAAAUGUAAUGGAUGAAAAUUCCUUCUCGCAGCCAAAAAAGGUGGUUCCAAUCCAGAGUCUACUUCAAAAUGUUGGGAAGGACAUGAAUGUGAUAGUUCCGCCGCAUUCAUUCACAUUACUUGAUUUGUUGAAAGAAACCAAUAAGCUGAUGAUGCCAGAGAGUGAUUCUUCCACAAGAUCUUCUAUUUAA